AGGCCCACCGACGGACAUCGAUCCCAGGGACCACAACGGAGGUAACCUAUUACGAGCUGGAUACAGCGAUGUACCAAUCGCCGCCGCGGGUUCCUACUUCGACCCCCCGGAUUCCUGUUGUUGGUGCGGCAGCGAAGAGAAAGGCAGCAACACCAGCACCUCCCAGCCAGCCAAGGAGAAGCAGUGGAAGAUACAGAUUAGGAAGAUCAAGCCCAGCUUCCGGCAUUGCGUGCAGGGGGACACGCGUGACCCAGCGACGCUGAAGGGGAAGUUCCUGAACCAAGCCUGGCAACAGCUGACUGAUGGAAGUCAUAUUGAAGUAGUCUGCUGUUUGACUGUGAUUAUUUCAUGGCAGACAGCUAUGAAGUGGCAAUUAUUUGACAGUUGACAGGGAAGAGCAUGUAGUUUGUUUGUGAUAAUUCCAGCCCAUGCAGAAGUAGACUAGUGCUUUUUGUGUAAAAUGGGUGUAUUCCGGCCAGGUUUAGUGGGUGUGUUUGUUUAAACCAAUAUCGUGGGAGAAAGAGCUGGACAACAGGGGUUGCCCUUUUCAGGGUAUGUGUCCCCCAGGCAGGCAAAGGUACAUACAAAAAUCCAUGGGCCUGCUGAUAUUAAUAAAAAUGUGAUAGCCUCUAAGGAUAUAUAGAAACAUACAGCGAAAUUAAUUGUGAUCUGUGGCCGGCUCAGGAAGGACACUCGGGACUCGUCUUGACCAUACGGCGCCACGGCUACCACCGACAAGCGAUCCUGUUGCGAGAUAUGGAUAGCCAGACAAUCCACAGGAUUACGGACAAGUCAUCCCUGCACUGAUGCAACGGAGGAGCGAAGUCCCAAACUUGUCAGCAACACCCCUCAUCAGCUCGCCGUAGACGCAACCUCACCUAGGACAGAAAGAAGAAAAAAGCCAUGAUGUGGUGCUGUGCAUUAUUUUGGUUUAUGACUCCGCCUCUUCACGGCCCGCGCUCUUUGAUUCGCGGUGGAAAGUGUGCAGUAGCUCGGACAAAAAACAUGAUUGUGUCGUAACUUCACGUUUACCAGGAAAGAAAAACAGAUGCAUAUCUUAGCAUUUACAUGAACGUUUUGCAAAGCUGUAGCAGAUUCAUUAUAAGAUACAAGAUAACGAAGCAAUUUGAAUUAUGGAUAAAUCUGCUGUAGAGGAAGACAUUGAGGAGUUAGAGAAGACUAUUCUAUGUAUAUGUUCAGAUGCAGCUUCCACUGAUGCCUCUUGCUCUUUAUAUGAAACAGUAGACAAUUUGACCGACAUGUGCAGUGAAUUAGAAACUGAACAGAGUAUUAAAAGUGAAGUUGAUAAAGGAAUUCAGUGUGAUAGAUCUAUUAGCGAUACAUCAGUGUUCCUUGGUCAAAAUCAUGAUGAGACUAGAAGUCAGGCAGAUAUAGAAAAGGAAAUCUUGGUUUUUACGCCAAUAAAAUGUGAUCAGAGCUCUAAUUUGCUGACACCUGUUGCAAGACGCCAGCAUGAAAACACUAUGCCUGUUUGGAAACUACACAGCACACCAAACCCACAUGAUGAUUCAGAUGAUUCCACACCCAAGUCGCAAACAAAGGAUUCUUCAGAAGACAAAUUUCAUGUCUUCUCAGUGGACACAACAGAUUCAAUUUCAGUUAUUGAAAUAUCAGAUGCAACAUUGGAGUCUGAUUCUGUGGAUUGUAUUGAAAUAUCGGAUGAUACUUUUGAGAAGACUUUUGAGGAACUCUUGCAAGAGGUCACUCUUCUUUGUGAUGAGCACACAGCAAAGACUGGAGAAACGAGAGACAUGUUCCAACAAGAGUCAGCUGCUGAGAACCAGAUCAGUCGGAUUGACCUGGAACAGCUGCUGUGUUCUUCACCAAAGGUCAAAGCGAAAGAUAUUGUCAUUGAUGGAAGGUCAUCUCUGUCUGUGUCACAGGUAUCGGAUCCUAAUUUCUUCAGUGAUGCAAUAGUAAGAAGUGAUUUACCUGAAGAUUCGAGUCCAGGUCGGUUUAAAGGUGUUGAUAAGAGUCAGCAUGUUUAUGAUGAGACUCUUGUAGAUGAUUUGGCUGAUGCAAGUGUUGACAUCUUGGGACUUGACACAUUUUCCUUCAGUGAUGAUGAAGAUGAUAAUCUUGACGACCUUGACACCACUGUGAUAAAUAUUCUACAGUCAGAGAAAACUCUGAGGGAAGCUGAAGUGUCUGAAAGAACAACUGAAAGUAGCGAAUCAACUGCAUCUGUUUGUGAAAAAACUGUUUCUGAUAGUGGAUCAACCAGGUCCAUCUCUGCGGAUAGCACUGUGCCCAUUUCACAUGUCAAACCGUUCAUAAUAGACAAAGAAAUUGAAAGUGAGAAACUAGAAGUUGAUAAUGAAUCAAAGCCUUUAGUCAUAGAGGGUGAAAUAACAUCUGCUUCAAGCUUGGGUCUUCAACAAACAUCAGAUGAGGUGAAGCAAAGUGGACAAGUGACAUCGCCAGCAAAGACUACUGUUAAAAAGGAGGACAUUCUUAUUCAGAGUUCACUUGUAGCUGAAAGACAAAAUCUACUUGAGGAGACUGAGCUGAUGCAGCUUGUUAAGGACAAAUGGAAGACGUCUGGCAUCCAAAGACCUGACAUUAACCUCACAAAAUGUUCUAGACUCCACAAAACACAGAAAGGUUGUUUUAAUCAGGGUCUGUUGGAAGGUGAACAAAGAAUUCCACCACUGAUUAGAACUGUUAACAAUUACAUGUACACUCAAUCUGACGUAGAUCCAACUGACUUACCAGAAGCCAAACGUCGGUGUAUUGAGGGUGUUAAUAAAUGCUCUGUUGGACAAAGUACAGAAGAGUUAUUAAAGAGCUUAAAGGGACAGCUAGAUGAAAUCAACAAGGAAUGGGAGAAAAAACUGAAUUUUCUCCACCAGCAGGAAGUGGAGAAGGAAUCGGAUCUGAGGUACAAGCACUCUGUUGUGGUCCGCUCCCUUCACGUGAGACAGCAGCUUGAGCUGCAGAGCCUGAAGGAACAGUUGAUCUACAACCCAUUCUUGCUGCAGUUCAGAAUUCUUCAGCUUCACCAAGAGCAUACCUUUCAGGCACACCGUCUUCGAGAUGUACACAGAAACGAAAUGGCCGGACUUCGCAGUGAGGCUUUCAAAAGACAUGCUACCGAACAAGACCGCUAUUUGCGUUUGUUCAACCAGUUGAAUGGCAUGAUCAAGACUUUUGAAAACAAAGAUGUUGUAAAUAUAAUUUCCAAAGAGGGGUCUUAUGUUGCUGUGGAUUUGUGGAAAGGACCAUGCAGGUCCAACAAGCAGACAAAAAGCUUGGUGAAAGUUUGCCUUCCUGCCGAUAUUGCAUCUUACAUUAUGAGAGAGGAUGAAAUAUAUGACAUGUUUUAUACAUACUGAUAGAAUUUUUUGUGACUUCAGCAAAUCUUUAGUUAUCUGUAUUACUUACUAUAACAAUUUGUGUUUUCAGUAUAUUAAGAAGGCAAUCAGGCAAAACAUAUCCCAGGAUGUAUUAAGUUAAUAAGACCAUAUUCAGAUGUAUUAAUGUAUAUAUAGGGUGUAUAGUUCGUGCCAUUAUAUGUAUUAUGUUUAUUGAAAGGUCCUGACUAAUUGAUGUCAUGAUUCUAUGGUGAGGUUGGAACAGUGGUUUAAAAAGUCUGAAUAGUCGCUAAAAGUUUGCAUGAAACUUAAGAAAAUCUCAAGUAUGUUUUUAUUAUUUAUACAAUUAGAAUAGACCCCCAGCAUUAAUUUUCUUACCAUUACACACCAUUCUUUGAUAUUCUUUUUCUGCAAGUAUGUACUCACUGAUCUGGGUAACAAGUAUUUAUUACUCUCCAGUUUAACACUCCGAGGCUGGGUUACACAGUGUUUUUUUGUGUUUUUGUAUGAUGGGCAGUUUGUAAAUGCAUCUGUAGUGUUUUUCCUAGAAACUUGGCACAGUAUGGUAGACUAAACACUUUUGGGGCAUUGUUAUUUAAAAAAAAAAAAAAAAAAAAAAUGAUUGAAAUAAAAAUAAAUUAAUUAUUGAAAAAGUCUCGUUUAAUCUCAGGCCGGGUGGAUGGGAUGUAGACCAGUGGUAAAGCACUUGCUUGAUGUGCAGUCAGUCUGAGAUCGAUCCCCAUCAGUGGGCCCAUUAGGCUAUUUCUCGUUCCAGCCAGUGCACCACGGGUGGUAUAUCAAAGACUAUGCAGGGUUCGCACGCAUCCUGGAAAACCCUGGAAAGUGCUUAAUUUUAUUUUAUUUUUUACCCUGGAAAGUCCAUAAAUGUCCUGGAAAAGUCAGUUUACCUCCUGGAAAUUUGAAAAAAAAAAUUCUAAUUUUUUUUUAGUGAUGUUACAAAUACAUAAAUAAUCGCGUUUGACUUAGGUACCCCUCCCCCAAAAGAAAAAAAGAAAAAUCCCCACAAAAACAAUACCUAAACGCAUCGAUGAUUAUAAUGAGGUCGACUGCCAUUGGUCAGUUGUUGAUCAGGAAAUACUGUGUUGGUUUAUUUGGUCUAUAGAUAGGCGUAGUGGUGCUCGUUAGGGCACGAGUAGAUACUCUUAAUUGAGAUGGCGACACAAUUCUUCAAGCAUGGAAUCCGGAUAAAAAUAUAUAUACCAGUAUGACAUUAAAAAAAAGAAAAAGAAAAACGGGUAGAUGUGUAAAUCACUUCUGCGAAAAUGCCUAACGGAAAGUACGUUUAACGACAGGUGGCUAAAAAUUUUUUUUUUUUAGAAAAACAAGCACGCGUCUGACGUCAUAUAAGUUGACUACUUGCAUGUAAAUAAUUUUAUGGACCUGUUAAAUCCCGACAAAUUGGAGUAACUGAAUAAAUCCAUUUAGCUCGUAAACGUUAAUUAAACAGUGUAUAAUUAAGUAGGAAUUAACACCUCACAAAGUGAGCUAUCGCUUUAACAAUGGCCCACCGCUUGGGUCUGAAUCCUGUGCGGCGAGUCGUGACCAUGAUUAAUCAUUUGACCGGAAAGAAGCCCAUAUCUUUAAAUAAACCCAAUCGAUGUAACGUGAGAUUAAGAAUGAGUUUAACACCAUAGAAAUUUGCAAAGGUCUCCUUUCAAUAAUCGUAACAGUGUUGUUUCUUUUGGUGGUGUCGCCUAUGUUUAUUCGAUCUACUUGAGCCAAGCCAAAACAAAGGAGAUGUAUAUUUCAGAAGGCGCACGUGCAACACGCUUUGAUUUAGCAGCUGAGCUUCAGCUGCAAGAAUUUAAUUGACAACUAAUUUACACAAGGAGGUGUGGACAAGACCGGUUUAGAUCACACCAAUAAUUAUAAACGUUCUAAGCUGUUUCAUACUUGUUUGUGUGUGUGUGUAUAUAUAUAUAUAUAUGUGUGUGUGUGUGUGUGUGUAUAAAAAGGUAAAAUAGUCCUGGAAAAUGAACGAAAAUAGCCCUUAAAAGUCCUGGAAAAUGAAACCAUUUGAAGUGUAUGAACCCUGCGAUGGUAUGUGCUAUCCUGUCGGGUGGUGCAUACAAAAGAUCCCUUGCUACUGAUGAAACAAUGUAGUGGGUUUCCUAUCUAAGACUCAAAAUUACUAAAUUUUUGACAUCCAAUAGCUGAUGAUUAAUGAAUCAAUGUGCUCUAGUGGUGUCGUUAAACAAAACAAACCUUAAUCUCAGGGCAGCAUAUCGCUCUUGAUGUAGACUAUUGAGUCAUGGUACCCUAUCAUGCUAAAAGAAUAGGGCCUCGUAAGUUGUACAAUAAAAUAUGUUUGCAAUCAGUCAUGCUAAAACAAGCUAGGGAAAACACUAACACAGGUGGUGUUUUAACCUGCUUAAAUCAGUGUUGGUUUUAAGUUGUAUAAAAAAAUAACAGGAUUAGUGUCUCUGGCCUAUGACGUCAGGAAAUUUUAAAACUGCUUGAUGGCAUAUUAGCGGCAAACAACCUAUUUAGAUUGAUGGAGAUCAUACAUUGGUUGUAUAUAUACUAAUUGUUAUAUUUUGCAUGAGUAAAUAAUAUAAUAAGGCAAGAUUGUAGCUUUAAUAAUGUGAUAGAUCUGUAUGCAAUGAACAUUGUGCCAAAGAUAAUGACCAAGUCUAGUUACCUCUUGGGGGCCAUUUUAUUUGAUGAUGAGGAUGGUGAUGAUGAUGAUGAUAAUGCAAUAACAACUGAUGGUGAUAAAACAGGUUGUAUAUAAAUGUAAUUUGUUUUCCAUUUUGGAUUAUUAAAUAAUAUAAUAAUAUUUUUAGGCAAGAUUGCAGUUUUCACAAUGAUAGGACUACAUGUACAUGUGAUACUUAUGGAAUGAACAUUGUGCCAAGUAUGAUGACCAAGUCUAGUUACUUUUUGGGAGAUGGUUUAUUUGAUGAUGAUGUUGAUGAUAUAACCACUGAUGGUGAUAAAACAUGUUCUAUAUAAAUCAGGGGUGGGAAUUCUCAUUGGAUCAGUUGUUUCCUCUCAUGGAACAUUGCGUUUCCUCGCAUUUUAAUCGUCCUUUCCUCCAAAAUGUGUCAGAUGACACAGAUUUUAACCUAGGAUUUCAAGAAUUUCCAGGACCCCUCUAGAUUUCCUCUUUUUUUUUUUACAGUUCACCAAUUUCCACCAAUGAUCAAUGUAUUUUCUUCUGUUUUGCAUUAGUAAAUAAUAUGUGGUAAGGUGAGAUUGCAGCUUUGACAAUGAUAGGACUGAUGAUAAUCCUUUUAUGUGAUGACCAGUGUACCAACGAUAAUGACCACGUCUAGUUACUUCUUUGGGGACAGUUUAUCUGAUCACAAUAAUUUUAAACUGCUAUAUCAAGGAUUUGAGAAAGCAUUUAUACCAUUACAUUGUAAUCACUGUUAUAUUUAAUUUACUGAGCUAUCCAUUCCUUUUGUCCAUUAAAGGUUUUUGUUUCUAUUUAUUAUCAUAUCAGAUAUUUCUAUAUUGUACACAUUUGUUUUUGUAAAAACAUUUUAGAUAUGUAUUAUGCUGUUGAUAUUGAUACACCAAUGUAAACCAAAACUAUUAAAGAAAUUUCAGUUGU